UUUUUGAAUACAGGAGCCCCUGGACUAGCUGUCCCUCCACCUGCAGGCUACCCAGGAGGCUUGCCUGUGGGAUACUACAGUCCGCAGCAGCCCUAUGCCUUCCCCUCGUACCAGCUACCUGGUGGUAUCCAUCCUAUCCAGUACCAGCCUGGCAAAUAUCAUAUGCCAAAUCAACCUGUUCCAAUCACAUGGAUGCCAGGGCCUGCUCUUAUGCCAAACUGUCCUCCUGGUCUGGAAUACUUAACCCAGUUGGACAACAUACACGUCCUUCAGCAUUUUGAGCCUCUGGAAAUGAUGACAUCUUUUGAAACUAAUAAUAGAUAUGAUAUUAAAAACAACCUGGACCAAAUGGUUUACAUCGUAACUGAAGACACAGAUGACUUCAGAAAUGCUUAUCGGACACUAAGGCCCUUUGUCCUCCGGGUCACCGACUUUAUGGGCCGAGAAAUCAUGACAAUGCAGAGACCUUUCAGAUGCACCUGCUGUUGCCUCUGUUGUCCCUCCUCCAGGCAAGAGCUGGAGGUGCAGUGCCCUCCCGGUGUCACCAUUGGCUUUGUCGCGGAGCACUGGAACCUGUGCAGGGCGGUGUACAGCCUCCAAAGCGAGAAGAGAGAGAACGUGAUGAGAGUACGUGGGCCGUGUUCCACCUACGGCUGUGGUUCUGAUUCGGUUUUUGAGGUCAAAUCCCUUGAUGGCAUGUCCAACAUCGGCAGUAUUAUUAGGAAGUGGAACGGUCUGUUAUCAGCAAUGGGUGAUGCUGACCACUUUGAAAUUCACUUCCCGUUAGACCUGGAUGUGAAGAUGAAAGCCAUGAUUUUUGGAGCUUGCUUCCUCAUUGACUUCAUGUAUUUUGAAAGAUCUCCACCACAAAAUUCAUCAAGAUAAAUGGACACAGCAAAUCAGCAAUAAUGGCUAAUAAAAAUUAGAAAAGUUGGAUGGGGCUUACAAUCCCCUGAAUUAUUUGCAAAUAUAUGUGCCUGCUUUUGCAGAUUAUUUUCACUGGGUAUUAGCUCUAACAGGCUAAGAGUGUAAGGGCAGUACAACCUAAACAUGUUUCAAUUGAUUAUCUGCCCAUUUGUCCUCUUGGUAGACUAGGAGUUCACCUUGAAAAAGCUAUGACUCAUUAACCAAGUAAACACCUUACAAUGAGUUUCAAAAUGCUUUACCAUGACAUAAGGGAAAACAAAUCCCAGAGAUUUCACAUUAGUAGGUCAUGAAAUGGUGAGCUUUUUAGAGCUUUUUAGAGCAGUCUUGGAGAUAGAGUAAUAGAGCUUUUGUCCAUAACCCCGUCCUACCUCUCGCACCUCUUGUCCUGUUACUGAAGACAAAUUUAAUUCCAGGUGAAAAGAAUGAUACUCUUAAUCUUUAAAAACAAAAAGGAAAGCAGACUGCAUGUUUAUUGUACAAGGAAAAAUUUACUUGUGCCUAUGUAUCAAAACUUUGUUUUGCAAGUUUCUAAGUUUCCAUGGAAAUUUUGAUUUUAUUACUAAAUAAAACUUUUUUUUUUAAUCAUAGGGUUUAUAUUUUCCAUGCAUACUCCCUCAUUCACUAGCAUGGUCAGUCAGGACCUGCUUGUAUAUGGAGUCAGGGUCAGACUAUCAGGAACAGAGGUAACAUGGACCACAGCCAGUCUAGAUCUCUGAGUAAUUUAGAGAAUUACUCAGAUGAGAAAUUUAAGCUCCCUUAUAAGGAGCUUGCAUUUAAUCCAUUUAAUUUUUCUUGGUCACAGAUGCCUUAUAUUUAAAAUAUGUUUGGCCAGAUCUCUAAGAUUGCCUUUGAACCUUCAUAUCUCAUUCGAUGUGACACAGAGAAGAUAAUUGGGUUUUUUUACCUUUCAGAAAGAUCCCUGACAAUUACCGUGUUUUUCUAAUAGCUGGAGUUAGUUUUGUUUCUAAAUUUUGAAAUGUGACAUUCUGUGUAGCACUUUGUAAAAGCAAAACCUACAAAUCUUCACAUUGUUUAAUAUUUCUUAGCUGCUUUUUAUUUGAUGAUAGAUAAAUCUAUAUCUAUGCAAAGAAAAUAAUAAAACACAGCAAACACAGCAAGCAUAUAUUACUUCUGUGUGAACUACAGUUUAACAGUAAAAUUAUGUAGGAGCACCAUAGUUAAAAUACAAAUGUACUUGUUUUUAUUAGCUAGUUAAGAGCAUAGUGUAUUAGUGAAUAGACUCUGAUGAAUCAGCCUGCCUCUUUUGCACUCUACCUUCCUAUCUGGACAUGGACUGUGUUCUUUCAACACAGCCAGUAUGUUGAAUGAAAUGUAUUUUCCUUGUUAAGUGAAACGAGCCUGAGUGUUCUUAGAUGGAAUUACUGAGAGAUGAGGGCCUUUGCCCGUAGUUCCUCUUGAAGUCAAAGAAAGGUGCUUCAUUUUAAAAUUAUAUUUAUCUUUUCAUGGUAAAGUUGUUUUACUCAGUUUCUGAUAAUUUUUAUUUUUAGGUGAUACUAGCUUUUUUUAAAAAAAAUGUAAAACUGCUGCUUUCUAAAAAAAAUAAUUACCUUAUAUUUGAAAAUAUAAUUGCAGUCUUAUAUAUAUUAUUUCUUAUAAUAAUGUUUGACAUUUUAUAUAUGAAAUCAGACAAAUAGUAUAGACAAAGUUUAUCUAUAUAAACCUCCUUUUUACUUGCCUAUAUCCUUACAUCCCAAGACAUGCUGCAUAAUACUAAAAAAAAAAUUAUUUUUAACAUAAAACAUUUUAAAUUUGUUUAAAGUUUUUAUAGUAUUAAGUUGUCUCUUACAGUUAUAAUUCCACUUUUUUUAUAAGUAAUACUUUGUGUCUUGGAGCGCCUGGGUGGCUCAGUUGGUUAAGCGUCUGCCUUCGGCUUAGGUCAUGAUCCCAGAGUCCUGGGAUCGAGCCCCACAUUGGGUUCCUUGCUCAGUGGGGAGCCUGCUUCUC